AUGGAGCUUUUGAGGAACCUGCCCUGGCGUCGUGCUGUCCUUGCUGUGGUGCUGAACCUGCUGGCCCUCAGCCUGUCCACCACAGCCCUGCUCGGCAGCUAUUGGUGUGUUGGAACUCAGAAAGUCCCCAAGCCUUUGUGUGGGAAGAGCCAGACCACCAAGUGCAUCGGUGUCCCCAUGCCACCCGACGGAGGGACUGGCAACUCCUCCUUCCCAACCCAGGAUGUGGUGCACUACAGCUGGGAGACGGGGGAUGAUCGCUUUGCCUUCCGGUACUUCCAUACGGGCAUGUGGGUUUCCUGUGAGGAGAACAUAGAAGGAUCAGAUGAGAAAUGUCGCAGCUUCAUUGAACUUUCACCGCCAGCUGAGAGAGGAAUCCUUUGGUUGUCACUUGGAUCAGAGAUGGUUUAUAUAAGCUUGUUGUUCAUUAGUUUAAUCCUCCUCUUGGUGGAGAUGAUGUACAGAGGAAACCCAGUUUGUGGACUCAAGCUCAAUGCCUUUGCUGCUGUCUCCUCAGUAUUGUCAGGCCUGCUUGGGAUGGUGGCACACAUGAUGUACACUCAAGUUUUCCAGGCAACUGUUAACCUGGGACCAGAGGACUGGAGACCACAUUCAUGGGACUAUGGUUGGGCCUUCUACAUGGCCUGGGCCUCCUUCACUUGCUGCAUGGCUUCCGCGGUUACAACUCUCAACACGUACACCAAGACAGUGCUGGAAUUCAAACGCAACCACCAGAAAAGCUGCGAUGGGAGCUUCAGUGCAGAGGAGUCUCAGCACCACCAAUGCUUAAUGCAGUCCCAGUUCCACCACAGAGAGCAGUUCCAGGAGAAACCUCUAUCCUCCGUCUCCGAAGGGGUCGACUUCUACUCGGAACUGCAGCAGAAGGUGCUACAGAGGGAGCCUGAUGUAGAGUUGAACGAGGUCCUGGGGAAGUCAGUGGGGGAAGAUCCCUGUUAG